CACUAUUUUCUAUUCCAGGGGUUUCCAAUUUUCUUUUCGGGUACGGAACCCUCCAAAUAAUCAACCUUCUCUCGGCGGAACUCCAACUUUAAAGAAGGUUUUUUUACUCCAGAACACACGUCGUGCAAUAAAUUAUGUACAGUCAUUUUCAAGAGAAACCCUCUCCUCAUUUCACACCGGGUGAUUGGCAUUCUUACAACAAAAAUCUAGAUACUGUCACUAGGAACGUAGCGAUUACUGGAAACAAUGUGCGCCAAGAAGCUGCGCAAUGCAGAAACUCGGUCAACAAUACCAUGGCGUGGAAACUUAGGGACACAAAUAACAAAUUAGCUGACCGAAUCAAUGAAGUAGAACAGUGGUUUCAUAAUUUGGACCGGAGUUUAAAAGAAGUACAGGAUGCUGUGGAUCAACUAGCUGAAGCCAAACAAGAGGUUGAAAAGAGUAUGGGUGAGAGUUUACCACUUUUGGAAACAACAAAAGAAGCCAUUAGUUUGAGGGAUCGUCGCAGAGACAUUGAUCUAGUUGAAGAUGAAGUCUAUUAUGAGCUCAGAAAAGAAAAAGAUUUGAUUCAGAAUAUAAACAACUCUCUGAGUGAAGUAGCAAAGCAUGACUGGGACCACCUAAUCGAAUUGAAAGAACAACGAGAUCAGUUGGAAGCAGAUCUCAAUGAUAAAGAAUUAGCCAUGAAAAUUGAUCGCUUCCAGCUCUCUUUAACUCCUACAUCAACAAAUGUUAUUAGCUUCAAACCAUGGCCAGCCGAUGCUUGCUCAGCUGGACAAUGUCCUGUCAGUUUGGAAACUUGGUUACAAAAUUGCCUUGACAAAAGAAGAAAAGCUGAAGACGCAGUAGCUAAAGCAACACGGGCAACUAACGAUUCGUGGAACUUGGUUCGGAAGUCCAAAGAAGACAUUCGUCAACAAAGAGAGAAUACUCAAUUCGCUUUAAGGAAACGUCGCCAUGAAACUUUGCAGGCACGUGAUAAAUUAGCUGCCCAGAGAAAAGACUUAAAAGAUGAAAUCGACAGGUUAGACAAAGAAAUGCUAACAAUUGAGCAGGAUAUUAAUACUUCCAGAGGAAAUCUGAAACUAGUUCAAACGAGACUGGAGUAUAGGAAAGCAAGGCCCGGAGUAGAAUUGGUAAGGGACCAACCAACAUUUGGCCUCGAAGGGGAACUCAGACACGUAGUAGAAUCGAGAGAAUAUUUGGCUCAGAGAUUAAGAGAUGUGAAAAACAUGCUCAACAGAACGCAGCAUCAUUUGCAUGAAAUCGAAGAUGACUUGCAGCGGAAAGAACGAUCACUAGCAAUAGAAAUGACAACACUGGAUUUACAUGAGAGACCUGCUAAAUCGCCUUAUCAGAUGGACAUUGCAUGGAUGGCUCCGCAUAAUACAACCAGUUCCAGCUACUUGGGUGAUUUGGUAAAGCGAGGUACAAAUCAGCGAAUCAUGGAUAGUUGCCGUUGCAUGCCCGGUGAUAUAAAACUCGAACGAUGUGUAAUGUCCGAACCAACAGAUGUAGAAUGCUGUCUCGUUGAUUAAAUAGUCCUAUUUGAAAUUAUUAAUAAUAUUUCCAAGAUGAUUAAAGCAUUUCUAGUUGGUUUUCAUGACUGAGACUUUUGCAUUGAAUAAUAAACGUUAUCUUUAUGUAAUUACUAUGAUUCAUAGAAUAUUGAAACAAAUUUGGUGUCUCAUAUGAAUUUUGCAAUUAUAAAUAAGAAACUGCAAAUAUCU